UCUAGGGCUUAGGAAUAACCUGAGAAAUGGGCACAAAGCGGCCAUCACCUGAUCCUGUUGCUGUAUUGAGAGGUCAUCGAGCUUCAGUCACUGAUGUUUGCUUUCAUCCUUCUAAACCUAUUCUCUUCAGUGGCGCUGGUGAUGGUGAGUUGAGGAUUUGGGAUACAGUUCAACACAGGACUCUAUCAUCUUCGUGGGUGCAUAAUGCUGCUCAUGGGAUUAUUGCUGUUGCUGCAAGUCCUUUGAUUGGAGAUAGUAAGCUCGUCAGCCAGGGUAGGGAUGGAACAAUUAAGUAUUGGGAUAUUGAAGGUGGGAGAUUGCCCAGGGCGCCUAUGGUUACAAUCAAAACGAACUCUUACCAUUUUUGCAAGCUUUCAUUGGUGAAAAAGCCUUCUGAUUGUUUGACACAAAAUGGAGAUGUCACUACUUCUACUGCGGUGGACACUCCUGGAGAAAAUUCUAUAGAUGGCUCUGAAGAAUUAAAACAUGUAGCUGUAGCGGGAGAGCAAUCUUCCGAGGUUGAGAUUUGGGAUCUCAAUUCUGCAGAAAGGUUAGCACGGUUACCUCAAAUUUCAAAUGGAAGCUCCUUGAAUCCUUCUACAAAGUCUAGAGGAAUGUGCAUGUCUGUUCAAGCAUUUUUGCCGCCUAAGUCGCAGGGAUUCCUCAAUGUUUUGGCUGGAUAUGAAGAUGGAACCAUGGCUUGGUGGGAUAUAAGGAAUCCAGGAGUUCCAUUAACUGUUGCAAAAUUCCAUUCUGAACCAGUUCUAAGCAUCGCGAUUGAUGGGUCAUGCACUGGGGGAAUUUCUGGAGCAGCAGAUAGCAAAAUUGUGCUAUUCACUUUGGAUUAUCAGAUGGGCUCUUGUUUGGUUAAGAAAGAGAUUAGCCUAGAGCGACAUGGUAUUACGGGCACCACCAUUAGAGCUGAUGGGAAAAUUGCUGCCACUGCUGGAUGGGAUCACAGAAUAAGGGUUUACAACUAUCGCAACGGAAAUGCUUUGGCCAUAUUGAAGUAUCACAGUGCUAUGUGUAAUGCAGUCUCAUUCUCAACAGACUGUAAAUUGAUGGCUUCUUCUUCAGAAGAUACCACAGUGGCACUGUGGGAGCUCUACCCUCCUCGAGCCUCAUCUGAAGCAAACAAAUAAAUGUCCUCGGAGAUGGUGCACAAAUCUCUUUUUCCUGUAUAACAGUAACAUCUACGUCACAUAUCUCAUUGUUUGAUCACUCACUUUGUGAAUAUAAUCAUAGAAACAUUACAACAGUAGAGUAGGUCAUAAUGAAGGAUACCCUGUUUGUGAUUUUAGUAGUCAAGCAGGAAAAAUAGGUUAGAAAAAAUAGAUGUAAAAAUAUGUCAAGGAGAGCUGUAUCUGUGACUCUCUGGUAACAAUAAGAUUUCUUAGUCCUUGGCUUUUCCAUAUAGCAGAAGUUCUUCAUACAUAUGCACUGUAUGUGACAUUAUUAUAAUAGCUGAUGGUGUAAAGACUUUCUGCGAAAAUGAUAUGACAUGAAAGGACGAGGUCCUAGAGCCAUUUUA